AUGUGGGGUGAAUUGGCAAUCAAAGGAAGGUUCGCUCGGGCCGGAAAGCCAGCCAAGAAAGAAAGGCGCCCCAGGGCCUUAGCCAAUCAGGAUGCGUUGAUUGAUCAUCCACUAAGCACGGUGAUUGGCUGGCGAACUCAGUCGCUGUUGAAUAACUGCAAUAUGCCUCCUCGCAAAGGCGGAAAAAUCAUUCUGCAUCGUCCAACGGAAGCAGAAAUCCGCGAAACAGAACAGGAUGAUGAGAAUACCUGGUCUCCGUUACAGAUUGCCUCAGGCGAUGGCAACUACGAAGAGGUACGCCAACUGAUCGAAUCAGCGGCGUCGGUAGAUAGUAAGCAGACGCAGAAAGAGGUUAUCAACGAGUCACCGCACGGCUGGUACGGUCAGACUGCGUUACAAGCCGCCUCUGCCAAUGGGCAUUUAGCUAUUGUGAAUUUGUUGCUGGAUGCUGGUGCUGAAGUCGAUGCUCCAGGCGGAAAUAAUGGCGGUCGCACCGCCCUUACCCUUGCUGCCAUCAACGGCCAUUUGGCCAUUGUUGAACGGCUGAUGGACGCUGGCGCUGAUGUGAAUAUCGCGCCACAUAGAUAUUACGGCAGGACGCCUUUACAGGGAGCCGCCGAAAACGGGCAUGUUGACAUUGUCAAGCUGCUACUCAGCAAAGGCGCCAACAUCAAUGCUCCCGUGGCGCAUACCGCGGGUGUCACCGCCUUAACUGGUGCAGCUGCCGGUGGACAUGUCGACUUGAUCGAUUUGUUUAUCGAGAAAGGGGCAAAUAUCAACCCCCCGAUGAGUCGGUACAAGGGGUUAACUCCUCUCCAGGCUGCUGCUUACCACGGCCAUAUUGAUGCCGUCGAACGACUAAUUACUGCUGGCGCGGAUGUGAAUGUAGGAGGCUCUCACUACAAUGGUUACACGGCACUGGCAGCCGCUGCUGAGCAGGGUCAUAGCGAGAUUGUUGAAAGGCUGCUUGCAACUGGGGCUAAUGUUCUACAGAGAUCAGGAAAUAAGAAUUGGACAGCACAUCAGUUUGCAUACUUUGUUGGUCAACAGGAAAUUGCAGAGCGGUUAUGGAGACUGGAGAGAAAUGCAACGCCUCAAUCUGAUUAA